UCGUAAACGCGCCUUCGCCAGGAAAAGCGCUCAAACGCGCAUGACACAGAAAGCAGGAACAGGAAUCCUUUUUAAAUCCGCGGAUCGCGAUUGGGCGCACGCACACACACCUCCUCACCGACACCCAUCCAUCCAGAACCCGCUACACAAAUAGACAGUGAACCCAGGCGGUGGUAGUCAAGCUAGUAGGUGAUAUUUUCCACUACGGCGCGAUUAGUGACUUACAGUUGGUGCAGAGAACCGCUUCUGAACCUCAAGACCUAUCGCAGGCGUUUCAGCUCAGGCCUGAGGAACUAACUAGCUUACUGACUAACUAACCAACUAACCAGCGCGACCAAAACCCAGUUAACCCUUCAAAACAGGUUUGAGCUCAUCUAAAGCAACGCUUGCUUGCUUCUGUCAGCUUUGAAGCAGUGAUGGACUUCCUUGCUGGAUGCAUAGGAGGUGCUGCCGGGGUCCUCGUCGGACAUCCUUUUGACACGGUUAAGGUUCGUCUUCAGGUCCAGAGUGUGGAUAAACCGCUUUACCGAGGGACUUAUCACUGUUUCCAGUCCAUCAUACGUCAGGAGUCAAUGUUUGGCCUUUAUAAAGGCAUUGGGUCACCCAUGAUGGGCCUGACGUUUAUCAACGCCAUCGUCUUUGGUGUUCAGGGCAACGCCAUGCGCAUGUUGGCCGAGGAUACGCCCAUGAACCAGUUCCUAGCCGGAGCGGCGGCCGGCACCAUACAGUGCGUGAUCUGCUGCCCGAUGGAACUGGCCAAGACCCGAAUGCAGAUGCAAGGAACGGGUGAGAAGAAGUCGUCCUCUCGGAAGGUCUACAAAAACUCGCUGGACUGCCUGGCUCGCAUUUACCAGCGCGAGGGUUUGCGAGGAGUCAACCGAGGAAUGGUUACGACUCUCAUCCGAGAGACGCCGGGAUUCGGCGUUUAUUUCCUCGCGUAUGACCUCCUGACGCGUUCGCUGGGGUGCGAGCCGGAGGAUCCGUACAUGAUUCCCAAACUGCUGUUCGCCGGCGGCAUGUCGGGAAUCGCGUCUUGGCUUUCGACAUAUCCGGUGGACGUGAUAAAAUCCCGACUCCAAGCUGACGGGGUCGGCGGAAAGUACCAGUACAGCAGCAUCAUGGACUGCACAAGGAAGAGCAUCCAACGCGAAGGUUGGCGGGUUUUCACGCGUGGACUUACGUCCACUCUUUUACGGGCUUUUCCGGUCAAUGCAGCCACUUUCGCUACGGUCACGCUCUUCCUUUUGUACGUACGUCCAGACGAGGGAUCGAAAGAUUGCGAAGCAGCUCCAGCUUCGCAUCAAGCACCAUUGCAGCAGCAAGCACAACCGUCCAGUCUGUGAGUAACCUCAUCUUUGUGGGAUAGCGACUAGCGUAGCCCUCCCCGAAAUAAUGGCUGACCUGUUACUAAACAAACAGUUGCUGUGCAUUGAGCACAUCUGUCCACUGUAAACGGAAUUGCACAACCUUUCUAUCCGUACAAUGACUUGAGCUCGGCGUCUGUAAAUAUAUUUUUUAUAUUGAAUGAUAUUUAACAAACACGUUCCCUGUAUCUGCCUUACGAGAGCUGAAAGAAUCUGACCUCUGAAAGUUAGAGUUUGCAUGUUGAUGUAGUCAACAGCUCCUUUUGUUGUUACUUGACAGAACUAGACAAACUUGCUUUGACGUUGCAAAUUAUUGCUACACCGAAGAGAAUCCAGUGUCUAAACAAAUCCUCAAGUUUAGUUAAGGUGGACACAAGUUGAUGUGAAUGAAAGGAAGCAGUGAUGUGUGGAUGUAGAACGUAGGAUGCGCUGUUUUAAGGUUUUAGGUCAUUUGUGUUUUCCACUGGAAAGUUUUGGAAAAGUAGUUACCAAGGUCCUUCCCAGCCUCGUUUAUGUUUGCAUCAAACUUAACAUGGCCUCUACUCCUGACUAAGUUAAUACCCUGGACAUAAGAUUAAAUCUGUACUCUCAACCCCACCCAGGCAUGGACAAAUAUGAUUUUGGCACUGGAGAAUAUAGUCUUUGUUAUUAUGAUGUUUUUAAUCUGAGGAGUGAGAACCUCCUUUUAGUCAAAGCUGCUGGUGAAAUUGCCUACAAAGUUGCGAUUAUCUUGGCCCACUGUUAAAGUUGUGAAAUAAAUAUGGUGUAUGGCAAAUUACAUUUGCCAAAGUUUCUAAAUCACUACUGUGUCAUCCGAGGGACUGUUGAUGUUGUGUACUUGAAUUGUAUUAGCCUGAAUUCAUUUGGUUCCUGGAGCCUGUUUCAUAAAACAAGUUUACCAAAUAAGCCAGGUUUAUUUCAGUUAGUCUGACUUAUUGUCAAUUGAUUUGGUUCAAAAUAAGACGGACUAACUUAAAUAAGCCUGGAUUGUUUGGUAAAAUUGUUUUAAGAAACAGCCCCCAGGUGUACUGAAGAGAGAAUAAACCAAAGGGUUUUGCCCGACAAAUCAAAUUCUGUCCCCUCAAUGUAAGCCCUGAAUUUAUGGUGUAUUAUCUACAAAAUUAAUGCAAUAUUUGCAUGUUCUCUGUAACUUAUUAAAGUGUUUGGAUACAGGUUGUAUCUGGGCCAGUGGAGGUCCACUGUAACUAUAUCUAAGUUUUAAAUGUCCUGCUGUGUUUAAGUAACGUCUUUCGAUUUAUGUGGGUUGUCUCUGUAAGAUCAAUAUAUUUUAUGUUUGUAUAUAUCAAGGCUGGAAUUUUCUCAGCAUAUAGAAAGAUGUAUAAAUAGUUCAUAUGUUUGAUUUCAGAGUGCUGAAUGUAGGAGACUAAAACAUGCACUUGGGAAAGAAGUGCCCAAGAAGAGGUUUGCCUGGUUUUUGAGGAAUGUGCUGCUCUUUUUGUAACGGUUACGGAUUGUAUGUUGUAUUAAAUGUAAAUAUGUAGUGUUCCAUUAAAAAGGGAAGUUUAGACCGAUGCAUUGAAAACAAAAUGUUUUGUGUGAUAUCUGUGAGAAAUGUAAAUAAACUGUAUGUUACGGAGUUAGAUUGGUUGCAGACGUACUAAAGUGGUUUUAAUUUGAAUAGUUUUAGUUUUCUUUCUUUUUCAGGUUUGUUGUUUCUGCCGUUGCUGAAGAGAUGGAUCAGUAUUGAAUCUAAUUAAAUGUUUGUCCUAUUUUUGUAUGAAAAAGUUUAGUUCUGUGCUGCUCCCAUUCGAAAAGUGGUUGGCCUCAACCAAUUUCUAAAUUGCUAUUGGUCAGCUAAAAUAUGUGAAAAUAAAUGGGAUAAAUUAUAAA